AUGAGAGACUUCUUAUGGGAGUAUAGAGAGAAGGAUGGAAAGUGUUCUCAUCUAGUAAAGUGGAAGAUAGUUUGUGCUGAAAAAUCAAAAGGAGGUUUAGGGGUGUUAAAUCUCAGAAGAAUGAAUCAAGCACUCUUAGCUAAAUGGUGCUGGAGAUGGGGUAUUGAGAAGACACACCUUUGGUACAAAAUAGUUGCAGAAAAGUAUGGUCCACAUUCGUCAGUUUGGACUCCAAGUAAGGUUGCGUCUGCCCAUGGGGUUUCUUGCUGGAGAACAAUAGCAGAAAUGGGUCGUCUAAUUGCUGAAAAUGCAAGGAUUAUCAUUCAUUCAGGCAUUCGAACUUCAUUCUGGUUUGAUAAUUGGGCUGGAAACAGAUCAUUGGCGGAAGAGUACUCUACUCUUUGUAAACUGGACAGGUUUCCUCAUACAAGUGUAGCUCAGCAUAUAAUGGCAGAGGGAUCUUGGUAUUUCGAUUUCAAACGUACACUUACGGAUGAAGAAACAAACAAACUUGCUGACCUCUUGGUCAUUAUUGGUACUAUUCCUCCAUCUCUAGAUACGUUAACAGAUACAAGAAGAUGA